AUGUUGACUGUCACUCCAAAUUUAUCGUUGAACCUAAGUCAGUUACUACAGAAGGCUGUUCACCUGAAUGACCUACAAUAUGACUAUUUCGCCAAAUUUUUAGCAGCCGCAUGUAGGUCCCAAACUGGCCCUGAAGUAGUAGUGUUAUCCAAGGAGGCAGGGAAUCAUUUGACUCCACUGUCAACCAUUCCAACUGAAUUUGAGCCGAUUUUUCUCUCGUGGGCUCCACCAACAUUCGGUAACAUGUUAGUUGUAGUAUCAAGCGACAACUCUGUGACAUAUUAUAGAAAUGACCAGAACUGCGGAGGUGUUUGGAAAGUAGUUUACAGAAGCAACGAACUUUGCAAGUCAGUGAGUUCGUUGAGCGUUGGAGUUUCCAAUGAUGGAGAAUUGCUAGUGGCCUUAGGAUCUCUUACAGGAGCAGUUACUAUUGUAACUUCUCACACUCGAUUUGAAACCUCAACUUUUAAAGCACAUACUGGAGGAGUUUAUUCACUGGCUUUCAAUUCAGUAGAUGGCUCAAAAUCCGCUCUUUUCUCUGAGGUUUUACUGGCUACUGCUGGAAUUGAUGGCACCGUUAAAGUUUGGCAAUUAUUUGAUCCCAGCACAGCACACCCUAAUUCCGAUAAAGAUAACACGACUGGUAAUGACAGACCCUCAUUCAGGCUAGUUGAGAAAUUUGAUUUGGAGCCCAAUCCAACAUCACUUUUAAGGGUGAAUUCACUGUGUUGGAGCAAGCAAGGAUUACUGGCAGCAGCUACUGAAUCGAAUGUGUACCUGUUUGAAAAGACUCAUGAUUGGCACUUAUUUCAGACUCUAAACCUCCCUCAACACGGCGUAAUGGCCUUUGUUGCAUUCAACAAUGAUCGCAUCGUAUUAUUACAAGACACGGAAUCUGUAGUUUUUAAGCGUAACGAUUCUGGAACUUUUGAGUUCUUUGGGAAUCUUUCAGAUUAA